CGCAGGUAGUAGGGCCAUCGCCCCAGAGCCAGCCACUUGCUUCUUCCGCCCAAAGGGCAGGUAGCAGGUGGAGGCUUGAAGUGCGUCUUGGGAAAGGGCUGGAGAGGAGGAGGCCUCCUUGGCACGGGAGGAGUCCAAGGAGGCAGCUGCUUGAGUUUACCUGAAGUGACCAGCAUCCAGCAGCGCCGCAAGGGCGGCCCAGAAAAUGGGGAGCCGCAGCCUGGGCUUGCCAUGCCCCGCACUUUUCCUGCUGCUGGUGCUGCGGCCUCCACUGCUCAGAGCCGGAAGCUUCCUGCAGACCGUCCAGAGCUCAGAAAUGUAUGACUUUGAUCUGGACACUGACCUGGACCCAGAAAUAUAUGACACCGGUCUGCAGACCGUCCAGAAUCCAGGCAAUCAGAACACGAAUAACCAACACCACCACCUCCGCCCACCUGAGAAAGUCCCCCAGCCCAACAGCAACCCGAGCCACAAUUCCCAGGAGACCCUGGCAGAAGAGUCGAAAAACUGCAGAGGCGAAUUUGAUCUUUACUUCCUCUUGGACAAGUCGGGCAGUGUGAACAACAACUGGAUGGACAUUCACAACAUGGUGGAAGAUUUGGUCAAUAAGUUUGAUAACCCAAAUCUGCGGGUGUCCUUCAUCACCUUCUCCACAGAUGGCCACACCCUCAUGAAACUCACAUCAGACAGAAAUGAAAUACGUGAGAGUCUUGCUAAACUCCAGAAUGUAGUGCCUUCUGGAGCCACAAACAUGCAGGAAGGAUUUAAAAAGGCAAAUGAGCAGAUUCAACAAGCAAACACUCGAGAAAAAAAGACUCCCAGCAUUAUUUUCGCUCUGACCGAUGGAACUCUGCUGCCACAGCCCUAUGGAAAGACCAAGUCGGAAGCUGAAAAGGCUCAGAAACUGGGGGCAAUUGUUUUCUGCAUUGGUGUAAAAGACUAUAUGAAAAACCAGCUGUUGGACAUUGCAGACAGCCCAGAUCACGUGUUUGGAGUGGACGAUGGAUUUAAGGGACUACGAAACAUCAUAGGAAAACUCGUGGCUAAGUCUUGUAUGGAUAUUACAAAAGUGGAGCCUUCCUCUUUCUGUGCGGGAGAAAACUACGAAUUGAAUGUUACUGGAACAGGCUUUAAUAACGCAAGGAACAAAAACGAAGUUAUCUGUAGAUUCAUCUUCAGCGAAAAUAAAUUCUUCGAUAAAAAAGCUGCCUCUGUGGAAGACACCACCAUGAUGUGCCCGGGAGAAACGAUAGAUAAUCCAGAUCAGGUGGUCUUCAUUGAAGUUAGCCUGAAUAAUGGCAUCAACUUCAUCAGCAACGGUGCUAACAUCACCAGCAAGAACUGUGUGAGUGCCAGGAAUGUGCCAGAGGAGACUCCAGUUCCCGUUCCAGCUGUUUCUCCACCAACCGAGCCUCCCCCACCACCUAGCAAAACAUAUCUUCCAGAUAUCAACCCUCUCUGCUUGGCUUUGCUCCUCCCAGCCCUAUUCUUAAUCCUGUCUACUAUCUGGUGCAUCUGGCGAUGUUGCUCCAGAAGGACUGUCAAGGAGCCACCACCAGUGCACAUAAUAGAAAGGGAGCCGGUGAGGAAAUGCAUACAGCCGUGCCCAACAAUGAUUGUCCCCUGUGGGUGCCAAGAUGGCGGGAUAAGACGGAUAGAGGGCAAACUGGAUACCCUGUGUGACUUUGUUCAAACCUGCAACCAGGUGCCAUUGAUGUGGUGUCAGCCUAGGAACAAGGGUCGGUUCUUCAACUUCACCCUAGUGAAGUCCCCCUGCAGGCAGUUGCCCUGCUGCCCAAAGAUCUGCCUUCCACCCACCCAGACAUGCUUCCCCCUCAACAGCUGCUGCUCACAGUACCAACACUCUCCACCCAUGUGCUCCCGGGUCUCCUCCAGGAUGCUGCCGCUGAUCUCUCCCCCUACCCGAGCAGUCUGCGGAACCACUUUGUCACUCCCGCCCCCAUAGCCCAGCCUCUAACGCACCAAAACCCCAAGAUUAUUAAGAGCCCUUUGUGCACUGAAUUAGACAUAUGUAUCGAGUCUUGGUUUACAGUCAAAGGAGGUGGAAUCUGUCGCUGAUCAGCAAGCGAGUUGGUUACCUGGAGAACAUCACUCCACUGUGUGAGACAUACAGUCUAUGCUGCUCCUGCCAGGACAAAGCACCCUGGUG